AUGCUGACCCAAGAUGCUGAAACCGAGCCACAGACUGCGACAAAGAACUCUUUUGCGGAGGCGUACCUUCCACUAUACCACGGGCCUCUAGUCAGCAUCCGACUUGAGCCUGCUGGUCCAACCUACCAGUUGGCUAAGGCUCUUCUGUGCAAGAAGUCCCCCUACUUUUUGAAGAUGUUCGAGAGCAAUCUCACUGAAGCCAAGAUGUUGUCUGCCACUCUGCAAGAAGGCACCCACACUUGCAAGCACACAUUCGAGCUCUUCAUCGAGUGGCUGUAUACUGGCAAGUUCACUCUGCUGCGUGAAGACCGCAGCAAUUCGUUUUCGCGUCAUUUGGACUUGGCUAUAUUCGCCGAUAUGAGUUUGGUCGGUGAUUUGACAGAUUGUGUUGCCAUGAGUCUUGAGCAGACUAUCAAGGCGGAUCGGGACAUGAACUCGAAACGGGAGACGCCAUACUGGCCACCCGACAGGCACUACAGUAUAAGAGAUAUCAAAGCAGAACACUUUGCGUCGGUGGACAGGUUGCCUUCAGGGAGCACUGUCCGUCGAGUUUUCCUCAUCGUACUUGUGGAACCAUAUCUGCGGAACACAGAGUUCAAGUUCGCGUCGGAGAUUGUGCGUUAUCCCAGAAUCGGCACGGAUCUUCUUGCAGCAGUCAAGAGACUUUGCUUGGGGUAA